UUGUCGGUGCAGAAGACGUGCUGCUGUGAGCCCUUUGUGCAGCUGGCGUUAGACUGACGAAUGAUAUCAACUCAUGACGCUCCCCAAAGGGCGUUCCGUUGUCCGCAAGACCGCAACCCUGGUCCGAAAGUCCUCCCCACAGCAGCCCGAACGGCUGAGACUGAGAGAUCCAAUGUUUUCGACUUCUGUGCCUGUUUAAUAUUUGGCGCUGAGCUACAUACACGACGCUCUGAAUUAGGGAGAAGCAGGCAUGGCGACGACAAGCUGCCACGUCAAGGUCUCGAAUUUGAUGCUCUCACACACCUCCAGCUGGCUCUGAGAUGGACCUGGUCCAAGCGCAGAGUUGGAGCUACAUGCCAGGGAUCCCUAGCGAAAUUGGAGCACUGCGAGGACUGCUGCAGACGUACAGUGAGAUAUCGGAAGAUGAUAUCGACAAACACCUCUUCAAUAUUCGCGCAAAGGCAUGGAACGUUUCGCAGACGCCUUCAAUAGGGCGAUGGAAGUUUCUCACAUUGAUGAACCGCGAUGAUGAGCUGUAUCAAGAGAUUCUUUUUCGCCUGAAAUUGCCACAAAGUCAGGCAGCGAUUCUGGAUCUUGGAUGUGGUUUAGGCCAGGUCCUGCGGCAACUGCGAUCGGAUGGCGUGCCUGGGCUCAAACUCUUUGGGACAGACGUGAGCUCGGAGCUCAUCGAAAUCGGAUACGAAAUGUUUCGCGACAGGUACACUCUCGGGGCUACCUUUGUACUGGGCGACAUGAUCGACCCAGAUGACAACCGCUUGUCCAAACUCCAGGGGCAGGUCACAGUGGUGAUAGCUGAUAGCUUCUUCCACUUAUUCACCUGGACGCAGCAACUUUACAUUGGCAAGCGCCUUGUGGGCUUCUUCAAACCAGGGACACAUAAUGCGACGAUAAUUGGCCGGCAUGCUGGAGUGAUUUCCAACAAUAAGUCACCCGCAGUAUUUCGAGCGAGCAACUCGCCGCGGGCAGAACCUUUCCUGCACGAUCAGAGGACCUUUCAACAGUUGUGGGAUGAGGUAGGAAAGCUAACGUCCACCCGGUGGCAUGUGGAAUCGCAGCAAGAUGGCUCCUUAUCCGACCAAUUGCCAGGUAUAGAGCCUGGUGUCGUGCCUAUGAGAUUCACGAUCCGUCAAAUACCUCACAGAUAACGCGGGUGCACCAUGCCGAUCUUGUCGCAUCCAUUGGCACAGAUCGUCCUCAUCCAGGGACGGGCUGUCGUUGACGCGAUGUCGCCCUGCUCAAGAGCA